AUGGCUCCUCUCUGGAAAUCCAAGGCUCAGGAUAGGGACUGGACUCCCAAGUUUGUAACUGUGACCUUCUGCUGCAAAGCUGUUGACUUUGGAGUCCCGGCAGGUUUGUGCAGGGUGUUGGACAUUCUUCUGGGUCUUCUGUUUUCUGUUUGGGCCUCUACUCUCUGUAAUCCUCCAUCUCUGCUAAAUUUGGGAUGAGCACAGAGCCCAUCUCCAGCCCCAGAUCUGGGCAGGGCUGAGAGACAGGCCAAAGGAGUGUCCCAGGAGUUUCUCAUCCUAGUUAGGGGCACCACCUCUCCCUGGCUCCUCAGUCCCUGGGAAAGGAGUUUGCGGGAGGCAGAGUCAGAAGGGGUAGCCACUCUCAGGUUCCACUGUUCCCUACCUGUUUGUCUGUCUGUCUGUCUGUCUCUCUCUCUCUCUCUCUCUGCAGGAGCUGGGUCCCUCCUCAUCCUUUUCCUGUCUGUCCUUUCCUGGUCUAUUUACACCUCUCUUUGCCUUUGCUGCUUCUGCCCUCACCCCCUGGAGGCCCAGGUCUGCUGGACCCAUCCAUCCCCUUUGGGGCCAUGGGAUCACUGCUUGGGUUCCUGGCUCUGCUGCUGCUGUGGGGCGCUGUGGCUGAGGGCCCAGCCAAGAAGGUGCUGACCCUGGAGGGGGACCUGAUUCUGGGUGGGCUGUUUCCGGUACACCAGAAGGGCGGCCCAGCAGAGGAGUGUGGUCCUGUCAAUGAGCAUCGCGGCAUCCAGCGCCUGGAGGCCAUGCUUUUUGCACUGGAUCGUAUCAACCAUGACCCGAGCCUGCUGCCGGGCGUGCGCCUGGGUGCGCACAUACUCGACAGUUGCUCCAAGGACACACAUGCCCUGGAGCAGGCACUUGACUUCGUGCGUGCAUCACUCAGCCAUGGUGCCGAUGGCUCACGCCACGUUUGCCCCGAUGGUUCUUAUGCCACCCAUGGUGAUGCUCCCACUGCCAUCACUGGUGUCAUUGGCGGCUCCUACAGCGAUGUCUCCAUCCAGGUGGCCAACCUCCUGCGGCUAUUUCAGAUCCCUCAGAUCAGCUAUGCAUCCACCAGUGCCAAGCUGAGUGACAAGUCCCGCUAUGACUACUUUGCCCGCACGGUGCCCCCUGACUUCUUCCAAGCCAAAGCCAUGGCUGAGAUUCUCCGCUUCUUCAACUGGACCUACGUGUCCACUGUGGCAUCCGAGGGCGACUAUGGCGAGACAGGCAUCGAAGCCUUUGAGCUAGAGGCCCGUGCCCGCAACAUCUGUGUGGCCACCUCGGAGAAGGUGGGCCGUGCUAUGAGCCGCACAGCCUUCGAGGGCGUGGUGCGAGCUCUGCUGCAGAAACCCAGUGCCCGCGUGGCUGUCCUGUUCACCCGUUCCGAGGACGCCCGCGAGCUCCUCGCUGCCACCCAGCGUCUCAAUGCCAGCUUCACCUGGGUGGCCAGCGAUGGCUGGGGGGCCCUGGAGAGCGUGGUGGCAGGUAGCGAGGGCGCUGCUGAAGGUGCCAUCACCAUAGAGCUGGCUUCCUACCCCAUCAGCGACUUUGCCUCCUACUUCCGGAGCCUGGACCCGUGGAAUAACAGCCGGAACCCCUGGUUCCGCGAGUUCUGGGAGCAGAGGUUCCGCUGCAGCUUCCAGCAGAGAGACUGUGCAGCCCACUCCCUGCAGGCUGUGCCCUUUGAGCAAGAGUCCAAGAUCAUGUUUGUGGUCAAUGCGGUGUAUGCCAUGGCCCACGCACUGCACAACAUGCAUCGCGCCCUCUGCCCCAACACCACCCGCCUCUGUGAUGCAAUGCGGCCUGUCAACGGGCGCCGCCUCUACAAAGACUUCGUGCUCAACGUCAAGUUCAAUGCCCCCUUCCGCCCAGCUGACACCCACAGUGAGGUCCGCUUCGACCGCUUUGGGGACGGUAUUGGUCGCUACAAUAUCUUCACCUAUCUGCGGGCAGGCAGUGGGCGCUAUCGCUACCAGAAGGUGGGCUACUGGGCAGAAGGCCUGACCCUGGACACCAGCCUCAUCCCAUGGGCCUCGCUCUCAGCCGGGCCCCUGCCUGCCUCUCGCUGCAGUGAGCCCUGCCUCCAGAAUGAGGUGAAAAGCAUGCAGCCGGGGGAGGUCUGCUGCUGGCUCUGCAUCCCCUGCCAGCCCUACGAGUACCGGCUGGAUGAGUUCACCUGUGCUGACUGUGGCCUGGGCUACUGGCCCAAUGCCAGCCUGACUGGCUGCUUUGAGCUGCCCCAGGAGUACAUCCGCUGGGGCGAUGCCUGGGCCGUGGGACCUGUCACCAUCGCCUGCCUAGGCGCCCUGGCCACCCUCUUUGUACUGGGCGUCUUUGUGCGGCACAAUGCCACCCCAGUGGUCAAGGCCUCUGGCCGGGAGCUCUGCUACAUCCUGCUGGGUGGUGUCUUCCUCUGCUACUGCAUGACCUUCGUCUUCAUCGCCAAGCCGUCCACGGUGGUGUGCACCUUACGGCGCCUCGGUUUGGGCACUGCCUUCUCCGUCUGCUACUCGGCCCUGCUCACCAAGACCAACCGCAUUGCGCGCAUCUUCGGUGGGGCCCGGGAGGGAGCCCAGCGGCCACGCUUCAUCAGCCCUGCCUCGCAGGUGGCCAUCUGUCUGGCCCUUAUCUCGGGCCAGCUGCUCAUCGUGGCUGCCUGGCUGGUGGUGGAGGCACCAGGCACGGGCAAGGAGACAGCCCCUGAGCGGCGGGAGGUAGUGACAUUGCGCUGCAACCACCGCGAUGCAAGCAUGCUGGGCUCGCUGGCCUACAAUGUGCUCCUCAUUGCGCUCUGCACACUCUAUGCCUUCAAGACCCGCAAGUGCCCUGAAAACUUCAAUGAGGCCAAGUUCAUCGGCUUCACCAUGUACACCACCUGCAUCAUCUGGCUGGCCUUCCUGCCCAUCUUCUAUGUCACCUCCAGUGACUACCGGGUGCAGACCACCACCAUGUGCGUGUCAGUCAGCCUCAGCGGCUCUGUGGUGCUCGGCUGUCUCUUCGCGCCCAAGCUGCACAUCAUCCUGUUCCAGCCACAGAAGAACGUGGUUAGCCACCGCGCACCCACCAGCCGCUUCAGCAGUGCAGCUGCCAGAGCCAGCUCCAGCCUCGGCCAAGGGUCUGGCUCCCAGUUUGUCCCCACUGUUUGCAACGGCCGCGAGGUGGUGGACUCAACAACAUCAUCGCUUUGA